AAUAAAUAUUUACUAUUCGUGUAUUAUAUUGUACACAAAUUACAACAAAAAGUCACAGUGUAAAAUUGACGAGUUAUUAUCCUAACUUUAUGCUAAUAAGACUAUUAGAACACCAGCUAUAUCGCUACAUCAGAAAAAUAUCAAUUGAACUUUGGUUUUCAGGUCAGCUCUUACAAAACGAUCAUAACGAAUUAUGGUACAGAACUCAUAUCUAUUUAACAGUUUGGGACAAUGCAUCUCUCUACAACAAGAAGUUUAGAUCUAAAAGAGCCAAUCUUUAUUCCAAUAUAACUAAAGAAUUCGAUAACGUCAGUAACCAGCGGUUUGAUUAUUAUUAUUAUUAUGUAAUAUAAAUGACAAUGCUGACCACUUAUCAACUAAAGAAAAACCAACAUUGAAAGGUGUAAAAAGAAGAUACU